AUGAUUGAAGAGGAGAUUUCAGGAUGGAUAGAUGAUGCCGAUUAAUUAGAUAGAGGAAAGUUUCAUAAAAUUAAAGAAGAGAAAAUAGAUAGAGUUAUCUUACAUUAAAAUCUUCGUAGUUAUAGUUUAUGUUAAAAAAAAGAAGAUUCAGAUAAAAUGCUUACUUCUAAAUCAAGUCAUUAUUGAAAUGUAUUUUAGAUCUCUUUACUGACAAAGAGAAUUCAUCCCAAUAUGUAAAGUACAAGAUGUAGAAAAAAUAAAAUAGUACAAUAGAAGAGUUGAAAAAAGUGAUGGAGUUUUUAUCAAUAAAUGAAUAAUAUAAAUAUGAGACUCAUAGAGCAUUUGAUCCAAAUGAUGAUAGAUUUAUCAAGCAGUAAUAAUAGCUUAUAGAAAAAUAAAAGUAAUAAUAAGAGUUGAAAAAAAAUAAAUUCAAGCUAUAAUUGGAUAUCAAAGAUAAUUAUCAAUCAAUACCAAAAUCAAAAAGGUUUUUGUAACCAUUAUCUGAUAUAUAAUAAACAUAAAAGAUUAAUAGUGAUAGAUCAUAAAGUAAUUAAAUUCAAUAGAAUACAAUUUAGGAAUCAAAAAGUUAAACAUAAACUAAGUUUAAAUUUCCAAAAUUCAUCAUUUAAUAAUAAAAAUAUAAAAGAUAACAUUAUAAAACAGAUGAAUAUAUUGGAAAUAAAGAUUAAUAAGAAUAAUAAAUUAAACAUUUCAUUUAAAUUAAUAGAAUAUUUAGCAAUAAUAAUUUAACAGAUACUAAACAAACCAUUUAUACUCCUAAACCUAUUACUAAAUACUAGUUUUAAUUAUAAUAAACAAUUAGCAAUAUUAAUUAAGCUAGAGAUAAUGGAUAUACAUAUGAUCUAUUUUCAAGAAAAACACUUUCAAUAUAAGAAAAUAAAGAAAAAUAGAAAUAACUUAAAUUAUUAGAAAUAGCUCUAAAAUGUAAGAAUAUUAAAUGA